AUGAGUUCCUUGAAGCAAUUCAUCCGCAACGUUCGUGCCGCCAAGACCAUCGCCGACGAGCGGGCUGUCAUUCAGAAGGAGAGCGCCUCUAUCCGAGCAAGCUUCAGAGAAGAGAGUGGAGAUCACAGCGUGAGACGGAACAAUGUCGCCAAGCUCCUUUACCUCUUUACCUUGGGCGAGAGAACACAUUUCGGACAGAUUGAAUGUUUGAAGCUGUUGGCCUCGCCCCGGUUCGCCGAUAAGCGCCUGGGACAUCUGGCCACGAGUUUGCUGCUUGACGAGAACCAGGAGGUUCUGACACUCGUAACGAACUCGCUUCAGAAUAGCGACCUCGCUCACUCGAACCAGUAUGUCGUCGGCCUGGCCCUAUGCACCCUUGGCAACAUUGCCUCCAUCGAGAUGUCUCGAGAUCUGUUCCAGCAAGUCGAGUCCUGCAUCAACACGUCGAACCCCUAUAUUAGGAGAAAGGCUGCCCUUUGUGCCAUGCGGAUAUGUCGCAAGGUUCCAGACCUGCAAGAGCACUUUGUUGACAAGGUCAGCAGCCUCCUGGCCGAUCGUAACCACGGCGUCCAGCUGUGCGGCCUGACGCUGGCCACCAGCUUGUGCGAGGCCGACGAGGAGGAAGGCGGGGAGGAAGGCGUUGUCGAGAAGUUCAAGGUGUUUGUGCCGAAUCUAGUCAAGACUCUGAAGGCGCUCGCGACCUCUGGUUACGCCCCUGAACACGACGUCACAGGCAUCAGCGAUCCGUUUGUGCAAGUCAAGAUCCUCCGUCUGCUGAGGGUUUUGGCUAUAGGCGACGCGCGGGUCAGCGAGCAUAUCAACGACAUUUUGGCACAGGUCGCAACAAACACAGACUCGUCCAAGAAUGUCGGAAAUUCGAUCCUAUAUGAGGCCGUGCUCACGAUUCUCGACAUUGAGGCGGAUUCCGGUCUUCGCGUGCUUGGUGUCAACAUUCUGGGCAAGUUCCUGUCCAACCGGGAUAAUAACAUUCGCUACGUCGCUCUUAAUACCCUCAUCAAGGUGGUCGCCAUCGAGCCAAACGCUGUUCAGAGACACCGCAACACGAUCUUGGAGUGUUUGAGAGAUCCGGAUAUCAGCAUUAGGAGGCGUGCACUGGAACUUAGUUUUACUCUCAUCAACGAGAGCAACGUGCGGGUUCUCAUCCGAGAGUUGCUUGCAUUUUUGGAGGUCGCCGAUAACGAAUUUAAGCCGACGAUGACUAGUCAAAUAGGCAUUGCCGCCGACAAGUUUGCGCCGAAUAAGCGGUGGCAUGUCGACACCAUGCUCCGGGUUCUCACACUCGCUGGAAAUUACGUCAAGGAGCCUAUCAUGUCUUCCUUUAUUCGGCUAGUCGCCACUACUCCUGAACUGCAGACAUAUGCAGUUCAGAAGCUUUACAUCAGUUUAAAGAAGGAUAUUACGCAAGAGAGUCUGACACAAGCCGGAGCCUGGUGUAUCGGCGAGUACGGAGACGCUCUACUGAGGGGCGGUCAGUAUGAAGAAGAGGAACUCGUACGGGAAGUCAAGGAGCACGAGCUCAUUGACUUGUUCACGACUAUCCUCAACAGCAAUCACGCCACCCAGGUUUCCACUGAGUACAUCGUUACGGCACUCGUUAAGUUGACGACGAGACUGACGGAUCCUGCACAAAUAGACCGGAUCCGCCGGCUUCUCCAGGUUCACCAGACGAGUUUGGACGUCGAGGUUCAGCAGAGAGCUGUUGAAUACAGCAACCUGUUUUCUUACGACCAGAUCCGCGCAGGUGUCCUCGAGAAGAUGCCGCCUCCUCAAAUCAAGGAGGAGUCCCGUGUGCUGGGCGCAGCGACUACGACCAAGAAGGCUAAGACUGCGAACAGGAAGUCAAAAGUCAUCAAGCCCACUGAGCAGGACUUGCUCUUCGAUCUCAUGGAUACUCCUCCAACGACAACGCCAGCUGCCAGCGGAGCCUCCAACACCGAUCUUCUGGCAGACAUUCUCGGUGGCACCUCUUCGCCUCCUCCUACCUCGACCUCUCCUGUUCCUCAACAAUCCAACACCGCUUCGAUCAUGGACCUAUUCUCACAGGAUCCUGUCCAGCCAGCGGCUUCUCCAGCCCCAGCGACGGGUGGCUCGAACUUCGAUUUGAUGUCUUCCAUGUCCGCCGUGGCAAGUCCUCCACCCCAGCCACAGGCCGCCCCGCAGGCGCCAGCAGGUCUUCCCGUUUACGACACCAACGGCCUGAACCUCAGUUUCCAAGUUCAACGCAACGCCGAGGGCCUGGUCCAGGUCAUCGGUCGGUUCAAAAACGCCGGGUCUGUGCCUCUUUCGAACGUGGGAAUGCAGGCUGCUGUACCCAAGACGCAGAAGCUUCAACUCAUGGCCAUUUCGAGCACGGAUGUUGGGCCUGGUGCCGAAGCCACCCAGAGGAUGAUUGUUUCUGGGGCCAAGGGAGUAAGCCAAAGCCCGAUUCUCUAA